AUGGUGGUCGAAAAGGGGAGUGACAGCCCGGUAGUCAGCCAAAUUUCACCUUCUGAUGGAUCAGCCGCACCGAGCGUGGAUUCGGGGACGAAGACUGCAGCCCCAGCACUUGGAGAGGCGCUCGAUGUCUAUGGAGAUGCCGCCACGGCUGAAGAGCUGGGAUACGUUCAAAGAGGUCUCAAGUCGCGCCAUAUGCAGUUCAUGGCGAUAGGAGGCUCCAUCGGGACUGGAUUAUUCCUCGGUAUUGGUGGAGCUUUUGCAAAGUCAGGUCCUCUCUCGGUGAUCCUGGGCUUCUCCUUCACUGGAUGUGCCGUCUUUGCGAUGAUGAUGUGCUUGGGGGAGAUGACGACAUGGCUACCUCUCCCCGGAGCCAUUCCUCAGUAUUGUGCUCGCUACGUCGACCCGGCCAUGGGCUUUGCGGUAGGCUGGAACAACUGGUAUCUCGCCGUCAUCGCGAUUUGCGCCGACCUGAAUGCGGCCGCUGUAUUGGUACAGUUCUGGAACGACGACAUCAACCCCGCAGUGUGGAUCAGUAUCAUCAUCGUGCUGAUCGUGUGUUUGAACAUCUUCGCCGUCGCGAUCUACGGCGAGGCCGAGUUUGUUUUUGCAUCGAUAAAAAUUUUGACGAUACUUGGCCUUUUGCUCAUGGCCUUCAUCGUAGACCUCGGUGGUAGCCCUACCGGCGAUCGCCUUGGUUUCCGAUACUGGUACAAUCCAGGACCAGCCAUGAAGGAAGUCGUCGCCACCGGUCACACGGGCCGCUUCCUAGGCCUGUUUUCCACUCUCGUGUUCGCUGCCUUCGCUUACGGUGGUGUCGAAAUGAUUGCUCUGGCUGCAGGCGAGGCCGUUGACCCUCGCAGGAAUGUUCCCAAGGCUGUCAAACGGCUUAUCUGGCGGAUCCUGAUCUUUUACGUACUCGGCUCUCUUGCCAUCAGCGUACUCGUGCCUUCCAACCACAGUGAUCUCGGGAGCGCCUCACCAUGGGUUAUUGCCGCUCAGAAUGCCAACAUUCGCGUCCUCCCUCACAUCAUCAACGCGGUGAUAAUCAGCUCUGCAUCUUCGUCCGCCAAUGCUUUCCUCUUUGUGGGCUCGCGAUACCUGUUUGGCCUCGCCCAAAACAAGCAGGCUCCUCGCAUUUUCCUCAGAUGCAACAAGAACGGAAUCCCACUCUAUGCUAUUGCCUUCACUGCCAUGUGGAGCGGGCUGGCCUAUAUGUCGGUAUCUGCGGGCGCAGCCGAAGUGUUCCAAUGGUUCCUCAGAAUCGGCACGGUUGCGUCUCUCCUCACAUGGUGUAGCAUUACGAUUGCGUUCCUGCGUUUCCGGAAAGCUUUGGCGGUGCAAGGUAUUGAUUGUGAUACCCUCCCUUUCAAAUCUCGUUUCCAGCCGUACACCGCCUGGUUUGCUUUGUGCUUUUUCGCUAUGAUCAUUGUGUUUAACGGAUGGGAAAUCUUCACCACCGGGAAAUGGGACGUCCAGGAUUUCAUCACUUCCUACAUUGGAAUACCCAUCUAUUUUGGUACAUAUCUGCUGUGGAAAUUCUGGAAGCGUACUUCUAUUGUCAAACCCGCAGAGGCCGAUCUCUGGACUGGUAAGUCGUCUCUGGAUGCCAUGACAUGGCCUGUGAAGACACCGAGAAACUUUUUGGAGAGACUUUGGAUGUGGGUUGUUUAG